UUUGACCCCUUGGGUUUGAAGAACGGGGACCCAGUCUGUGCCAGUGCAGUUGCAUCCUUUGCACCGUCCUUAGUCUGACCUUCAGAAGAAGACAGCUCCCAGCCUACCUGCUUCCACUCCAUCUGAAUCUAUGACUGGGGGCUCCACCCUAGUCCCACCCUUUGCUUUCCCAUUCCAGAAGAUGGGUUCAUUUCGAAGACCCAGGCCUCGCUUCAUGAGCUCUCCAGUGCUCAGUGACUUGCCACGGUUUCAAGCAGCGCGCCAGGCUUUGCAGCUCAGCUCCAACUCUGCAUGGAACAGUGUUCAAACAGCAGUGAUAAAUGUGUUCAAAGGGGGAGGCUUGCAAAACAACGAACUUUACACCCUCAAUGAAAACAUCAGACGUCUGUUGAAGAGUGAACUUGGAUCCUUCAUCACAGAUUAUUUCCAGAACCAGCUCCUUGUGAAGGGCUUGCUGUUUAUAGAGGAGAAGGUUAAACUGUGUGAAGGUGAAGAUCGCAUUGAUCUCCUCUCUCAGAUCUGGGAUCACUUCUUCACCGAGACCCUUCCUACGCUCCAAGCGAUAUUCUACCCAGUCCAGGGUCAGGAAUUGACCAUCCGCCAAAUUGCCCUACUUGGUUUCAGAGACUUGGUCCUGUUAAAAGUGAAGUUGGAAGAAAUUCUUCCCCUGGUCCAGACAAAGAUCCCAGCUUCCAUUGUUCAGAUGCUGCUAAUUCUACAGAGUGUCCAUGAACCUACGGGUCCCAGUGAGGGCUACAUGCAGCUGGAAGAGCUGGUUAAGCAGGUGGUUUCACCAUACCUGGGUUUGUGUGAGGAUGACAGCUUCCCUGGUAGCACCUGUGCGCUUGAGAGGCGAUAUUCCAGAUCCCGUGCUAAGACCGGUAUGCUGAGCUACAACUCCCACAUGAUGACUGGUCGGCAGCCCAGCGAAAUGGCUCUGACACCACUCACAGAACAGGAGGGUGAGGCUUACCUGGAAAAAUGUGGCAGCAUCCGUCGCCAUACUGUUGCCAAUGCCCACUCGGAUAUUCAGCUUCUGGCCAUGGCCUCCAUGAUGCACACAGGGAUGGUAAUAGAAGAAUCAGAUAGCAGUGAUAACUGUCUUCUCCUUCAGCCCAGCUUCAGCCACCGUCAGUGCUCCAGUGAGCCCAGUAUUGCUGAUGGGCCAGAAGGACUGGUUACCACGGACAGGCAAGAGUCUACAGAACUGAACUGCACAUCUGUCAGCUAGGAAGGAUCCUUCCGUGGGAGAAGAGCCAUGUGCCCUAAACUGGACAAUAGUUGUUAUGCUGCUGCUGGGAACACAGGCUUUGGGGUUGGAUUUGUUGAUACCAUGGGAAUGGUCUGGGUUCUCUUGUCUCUUUGGAAAUGUUCCAUAGAUUUUUUUUUUUUUGAUCUUUUACUUUCCAAAACCAUUGUCAGUGGAGGUACUACAUUGCUCUCAGCACAGCACAUGGGGCUGCAAGGGUGUCACUGUUAAACGCCACUUUCUGUCUUCUGUAAGGUUUUCUUGUGUGGUGUUCCACUGCUUUGGCCUUGGGUACCAUUCUGUUUUCUGUGAAGGAAAUGAAUCCCCCUCUUUCUCUCUGCCUCAAUUGCCCCCCACCCCCUUCUCUUUUUCUUGUCAUGUCUAACUCAUAAAAUGGAGCCCUAUCCCCCCGAGUGCAGCAACAAGUAGAGGGGAUUAUGCUAAAAACAUUUCUUUGGUCCUGCCUCGGACUGUGGGAUGGUAAUGACUGGUGUUGCAUUUUUGUUUAUAUAUUGUACUCAGGGGCGAAACUUCUUGCGUCUCACGGAGAACUCAGCCCAGAUGUCUUGUGGUUUCUGGAGGGAAAAGGGGAUCUUCUUUCUUCUCUUGGCUCCCUCUGUGUAUAGGGGAGGGGUCUAUUCUGACAGCCUGAAUUCAAACAAACUGGAGUGGCAGAUAACUUUUCCACCAAGAGUCCAUUGCCUAUCCACAUGAGUAGGAUAUGAUGUCAGGGGCCCGGUUCAGCUUUUAUGCAAACCCACUGAGACAUGGGGUGAAACUCUGGGCAGAAUCUACCUAAAGCUUUUGGAGUUUGGCAGGAUGUGUACUGUCGAAAAUGUCAGCAUUUUUAGUGUGCCACCAUAAGGAGAAACUGAAACUGGUGGCGUUGGAAAGGAUAGAGGCAUUGUGGUAACCGAGGGUAUACACCUGCAUCGUGAAGGUGGCUUCAGAUGCUUUUUCAAGGCCAGGCCUCCACACUUCUCACCCUAGUGCUGACACACAGCCCCCAGUUGAAUCCCAUCUUGUAAAUUUUAUGAAACCAAAGAGCAUCAUUUGGGCUUUGAGAUGGGAACUUCUUGCUGCAAAUGGCAAAUCUAUGCCACUUUUUUCUGACCUCCCUUUGUAGCUGGCUGAUCUGACUCUCUUUUUGUUUUAAUCCUUAUCUGUCCAAUUUGCAGCUAGGUACCAUU